AUGACACCGAAACGUCGGUUUUUAUCGUUAGUUUUUGCUAGUCUUUGCAUUUCUAAAUCCUUAUUGAUAAGAAUCUUAAAACGCGAUAAUCAGCUACAUUUGUUCAGGAGACUUGAACAAUGCAGCAAGAAACAGAUUAACUGCGAUGGCUCAAUCGAAUUCCUCAGACUCUGUCAGAACUUUGACCUAACUCCAACUUUCGCUAAGGUCGACAAAGCAAGGCGUUCUAAAUGGAAGCACUCUUCCGAAACCUUUACAAGGAAUGUCAUCUCUGAGGAACUAAAUGGAAAGAUCAAACAGAGUGCUUAUCUAAAACGCGCGAUCAAUUCCAUCUACGAUGAGAUUCGCCGGAGCUGUAGUUUGCUUCGCUACACCUGCGUUCUACGCACUAUGGUUAGCCUUAAAAAGAAAUAUCAUCAGGAAGUUAUGAAUACUCACACGAAGAAGAUCUCACGGCUGCUCAACAUCGAAAUGGAUGUUGACGAACAUAUUUUGAACCUAUCAUCCUACAACCUCUCCUUUUUUCAGAGACUGGUCCUUUGCCGAGGAUUAACAUUUGCCAUUCCUCAACGUGUGUCUCCCAUGGACGUUAAAGCAAGCUUUGAAAAGGCCUAUUGGAGCCUUGAACCCCACCUCAAUGAUGAUAAUUUAAAGGAAUUAUCUGCAGCAACGUUACGUUUCGUUGCACUCAAUUACAUCGAACGCAAGAGUCCGAAACCUCCAAAGACAUUGUUGAGAGCUAUAGAGGAGUUAAAAGGACGCGACGACAUAGUUAUCACGAAACCCGACAAAGGGUCUGGUGUUGUGGUUCUAGACAAAACCGAAUACUUGCGAUUACUUUCUGAAGCCUCAGUCAAUGAUACAAGCAAGUUCCGUGCCAUUCCCCUGGAGAAACCCAAGACCAGGGGCAGACCAUCCAAAUAUUACCACCCCCUACUACAGAAAGAGAAGAUCCUAGAUUCCAUUGUUCGUAGAAUUCUACCGAAGACCAUUGCAGAUUCCGUGAGCCCUACAGGUUCCAGAUUAGCACAUUUAUAUGGGUUGCCAAAAACCCACAAAGAACCAUUGGCUAUGAGGCCUAUAUUAUCAGCCACCGACACGUACAACUUUCCCCUUGCUAAAUGGCUCGACGAGAAAUUGAAGCCCUUGUCCCUUAAUCAGUAUACAGUUACUGAUAAUUUUGAUUUCACAAAAGAGAUUCACGAGCUGAAGAUCAACAAGGAACAGAUCUUAUUGACCUCCUAA